UUUAAGUUGAAACCCUAUUCUUCAUUUCUUUUCUACUUGGCAACGAAGAAGCGAGCUCUACCAGCCGCAGCAGGAGAAGGGGAGUAACCGCAGCAUCGACAGCAGCCAUGGUGAAGUAUUCGAGGGAACCCGACAACCCUACCAAGUCCUGCAAAGCUAGGGGCGCAAGUCUCAGAGUUCACUUUAAGAAUACACGAGAGACAGCCCAUGCACUUAGGAAAAUGCCUUUGGACAAGGCCAAGAGAUAUCUAGAAGAUGUUCUUGCUCACAAACAAGCCAUUCCUUUCACACGCUUUUGUGGUGGGGUUGGUCGUACUGCUCAGGUAAAGCAUCGCCAUUCAAAUGGUCAAGGACGUUGGCCAGUCAAAUCUGCCAAGAUUAUUCUGGAUUUACUCAAGAAUGCUGAGAGCAAUGCUGAGGUUAAAGGCUUGGAUGUGGAUUCACUUUACAUAUCUCACAUCCAAGUAAAUCAAGCACAAAAACAGAGGCGCCGCACGUACCGAGCUCAUGGAAGAAUAAACCCCUACAUGUCUCACCCCUGCCAUGUUGAGUUGACAUUAUCUGAAAAGGAAGAGUCUGUCAAGAAGGAGCCUGAGACACAAUUGGCUCCUAGGAAGGCAAAGGCAUCCUCUUAAUCCGGACAGUGGCUCCAGGAAUGCAGAUGGUGGAAUGUUUUCCGUUUCGUUGUAGUCUGUCAUGAAACAAUUUUGGCAUUUUGAACCAUUUUUAUGUUUCUCCAGAAAUUUGUGGUACUAUUUAGCAUGCCCUUGCUAUUCUGAAACUUGAAUUGAAUGUUUACCUUAUUGCUUAUUAGUGGCUGAACCCAUGAAAAUUUUGCGUUUGGUUGAUCACCAA